GUCAACGCGUUCAGAAGAAGCAAGGAACCAAGAAACCCUCGAUCAAACCCGACUAUUAAAACAUGUCCCACACCAUCCUGCUGGUGCAGCCCACCAAGAGGCCAGAGGGAAGAACAUAUGCUGAUUAUGAGUCAGUCAACGAGUGUAUGGAAGGUGUGUGCAAGAUGUACGAGGAGCAUUUAAAGAGAAUGAACCCCAACAGUCCAUCGAUAACAUACGACAUCAGCCAGCUGUUUGACUUCAUCGACGACCUGGCUGACCUCAGCUGUUUGGUGUAUCGCGCCGACACACAGACGUACCAGCCGUACAACAAGGACUGGAUCAAAGAGAAGAUCUACGUGCUGCUUCGCCGUCAGGCCCAGCAGGCAGCAAAGUGAAGCCUGUGAAGGAGCUGGAUGGAGAGAUGGGUG